AUGACAGAGUUUGAGUUCCCUUUCUUCUUCAACUACCCUCCAUACUUUACGCUUCAGCCAGUGAAAGAGACCCGACAAAAACAAAUUGAACUUUGGGCGGAGCUGAUCUUACGAUAUUGUCGCCACAAUAAGGUGUACGUUCUGUCGACUGAUACAGCUGACGACUCCCCUCUCUUCUUCAACAAGCGAAUCGAGAGGAGGCUCAAUCGGGAAGCCAGGCUUGUCUUCUUGAACGAGCUCACUCAAAGAGGCAAUGCACAGUGGCUGGACAAAUCACAGCAGCGAUGCCUAGUGCUGUGGAAGAAGCUGGGAGAGUGGGCGGACGUGCUGUAUUCUGUCAUCAGGCAGUUUGGCCUGCAGGACACUGUCAUGACACUGGAUGAGCUGUCAUCCGGCGAUGAUGUCACGGGCACAGAGCUCGAGGGUGUACCAGCUGCUCUGCUCACUGAAGUCAUCCGCCUGUUGGAAGCACAAGGGAGGGCCCAGAUGUUUUCUGGGGAUGGAGAUGUCGGGGUGAAAUUCUCAUAGCAUGAUUGGACUUCUUGGAAGGAGCAGCCUGCAGCCCCACAGCUGUGUGGUGUCAUAGCCCACCCUGUGGCUAUGGUAUUUGCUGGCCAGCCCAUGGGCCCACACCAUAUCCACACCUUAAUCAGGAUAUGGUGGGAAUCUCAACAUGCCAAUAUGGAUCCUAUCCUUCCAGGGCUGGAACUUGUCCGACUGAAUUUUCGGGGGCUGGAAAGUCCCCUGUGAAUUGGGCCCUCAAUCAAAAUUAUGUGAAUGAUUAUGUGAUGAUGGAAAUUAAUGCAGCACUUGACAUGCUUAGCCAACCCCGGUCUUGCUUAGAGGUGCAACAACAUGCUGGAAUUUAGGACAGGAAUAAAGUUAUCAAAUUGUUGGUGACACUAGUUUAAACUUCCAGCUGCCCGAUCGGCGGCUUGAGCUU